GUGAUCUCCGGAUCUGGGUGACGGCAUACCCUGACUCAGUCGGCGAGGGCCUCGGCGAGAUCCUUCGAAGCUGAUAUGUUUGAUUUGAUGCGGCACUCCGUGGAUAACCCACGAUGUUCACAGUCGCUAGCAAAUGUCUAUGGCGCUUGAACAAUGGCGAAAUUACGCGAAUCGUACCUUGUGGUAUGUACUAAUCACGUACCGUGGAUGCUUCUAGUUCGAAGAAAUUUAGGUUCUUCCAAUAUUUUCGCGUCACAAAUGGUAAACCGUGGUCGCCAUGAUGUUUUUUUAUUCGGACCGCAGGUAAUAAUUUACACAUUCUCGAUGCUAGGUAUAAAAACAGUCACCAUUGGCCUCCAUUUUUCAUUCGCUCUUUACCCUCAAUUCCAACUGUUUACCUUCCCCCUCCUCCUAUCCACAAUGCAGCUCUCUCUCUUCGCAUCCCUUGCUGUUCUCUGCAGCAGUGCUUUCGCUGCUCCUCUGUCGGGUCGCGACGAUCUGAUUGAUGUCGCUGCUAUUGUGGACAACGUCUUGAACGACGCAGAUAUCAAUGUCCUCACCAAGCGGGACGAUCUGAUCGACGUUGCUGCUAUUGUGGACUACGUGGCGGACGACGCAACGAUCAAUGUCCUCACGCGCGGUGGUAUUCUUGAUGUCUCUGCUGUUGUCGAGGACGUCUUGAACGACGCAGAUAUCAAUGUCCUCACCAAGCGGGACGAUUUGGUCGGCGUUGAGGCCUAUGUUGAGAAUGACCUCAACAACCUCGAUGUCAAUGUUCUGACUAAGCGCGACGAUUUGAUCGGCGUUGAGGCCUAUGUUGAGGACGUACUCAACAACCUUGAUGUCAAUGUUCUGACAAAGCGGGAUGAUUUGAUCGGCGUCGAGGCCUAUGUUGAGGACGUUCUCAACAACCUCGAUGUCAACGUUCUUACCAAGUAAAUCUCUGCACGACAUGUCCUCUGGUCCUCGAUACUUGCAUCUGCUCCAUAGUAUACCCAUCAGGAAGUAAAUUACCGUUCUACGGGCUUCUUGUGACUAGAUAGCCAAUAAUCAUUCAUUGCGAUGGCCAUGCGUUUAGCAUUAGUAUCAUGACUGUUCGUGCUCCAGAAUAAUAUGAUCGCAUGUAUUGCUGAUACAUGCGGAGUGGUGCGACCGUGCAACUUUACCUCCUGAAAUGCAGAAGUUAACGAUAUUGCGCAAUAAUAGUGGAUUGAACAUGCCUCAUGGUUCUACAGUGUGACGUGUGG